AUGGAAACGCUCGAGGAAGAUGAUCUAUCUACUUCCUGUCCCAUGGAGUCGCAUCAGAAAACUCCGGAAAAAUCUGUGCUGCAGCGGUUCUGUCGUUUGUGCAUGCGAGAACGCCCGUCGCUUUUGCCAUUUCACGCGAAGUUGCGAGACAUUAGCCUUGCCGAUAUGCUGGAACGAAUAUUGGGUGCAUUUAAGAUAAAAAAAUCGACCAACUUACCCGACAGAGUCUGCAUGAGUUGUGUGACCAAGUUGGACUAUGCCUAUAAUGUGCAGAAAGAGUUUGUUCGUAACGAGCACCGGUUGAGGCAUCACAUUCAGCACGGGGCUUUGCUGGAGAAGUUGUUCGUGUUCCAAACGCAAGCUAUCGCAGUAAAGGAAAGCUAUGCGGAGCAAAUUCUGGCAGAAUGUGGUGAUGGACUGCUAGCCGAGAAGAUAACGGUCGACCAGGCACACGAGGUGCCCGAUAUGCCUAAAGCGGAAUCGGAAGCGGCCACAACGUUUAAAUCUAUGGUACCGCCUGGCGGGUGGGCAGUGAUGGCUUGCGAUUGUCGCGACAAAUCGGCAGCUAGUUCUAAGCGCAAACGAACUAGCAAAACGAUACGUUCUCCGAAGCGAAAGCUACGAAGCCGGCAGAUUCUACGACAGGCAAUCGCGGCCGAAAAUCCUAGUGGCAAGACCAAAGCUUUAAUCGAUCCUUUGAAAUGUUACAUAUGUGAUACGGUCACUGAAAGCGAAGACGCGCUAAGGGAUCAUUUAGUGGUGCAUUCGGAUAUGCUGCCACACACCUGCACAAUAUGCUAUCCGGAGGGUGCGGAGAGCAAGGAGUCCAACCCUGUCACUUCCUUGGUAAUGUUGCAGCGGCACUACCGGAUGCAUACUUACCCGCUGAAGUGUCCGCACUGUCCGCAACGGUUCCAGUUGUAUACUUCCGUGUACGCCCAUGUGCGCUAUCGGCACGAGUCGUUCGACAACCCCGAAGGUUACACGUGUCACGUUUGUGGGAUCACGAUGCGGUACCGGCCGUCGUUCAUGUAUCAUAUGCGAAUCCACUACCACGAGAGGAUGGGCACGUUCCGGUGUCAGUAUUGUGAUCGUGUGUUCGGCACGCGACCACGCCUCGAUCGCCAUGAGCGGACGCAUACCGGAGAACGCCCGUACGCGUGUCACCUUUGCACGAAAACGUUUGCUCAUUCGGGGCAGCUGACGACGCACAUAUCGCGCCACAACAACGAACGGGGCCAUCAGUGCGAACAGUGUGGCAAAGCGUUCUUCAACAAAGCCAUGCUUCGGCAGCAUCAGGAAACGCACGAAACGGCUGAAUCCCGAAAAAGUAACACGAAAUCACGCCAACGUCCCUGUCCUCACCCGGGAUGUACACACGUGGCCAUGACUUACCAGGCAUACUACAUGCAUCGGCUUCGCCACGACAUGGCGCAUAGGUGCGAGGAAUGUGGAAAACGCUUUGCACGACAGUGCGAGGUGAGGCGACAUCGUCGCAUUUACCAUUCGGCGGAACACCCCUUCAAAUGCGAGGCGUGUGCUAAGACCUUUGUAAGCUCGCAGAGCUACAGGGAGCACAUGGAUUCCCAUGCCAACGUGCGCCGGUACGAAUGUGAUAUUUGUGAUAAAAAAUUUGUGCGACGCCGCAAUCUGGUAAACCAUCGAAUGUCCCAUACAAACAAUCGUCCAUAUCAAUGCGGAGAUUGCAACACCACGUUCAAGUACAAGAGCGACUACAAUCGACACCGGAAAGAUAAACAUGAGCAGGUGGAGCUGGACGAUACGCUGGCGGGGACUGAAGACGAGACGGUUAACGAAAUCGUGCUCAUUGCCGAGGAUCCGAUUAUGGAUGGAAUUCUGGAAGAAAGUGUUCAACGGAGCCUGUUGUCCAAGGAAGAAAUUGAACUUGAUAGUUCAUAUGGCGAAGUAAUUGAAACAGUCGAAGAAUCGAUUGUUGCCGAACAACCAUUAGUCACUAUCGGAAUCGACCAAGUGACUAAAGAAGAAUAUAUUAUCGAGUACAUAAUGGAAGAAGACAUCUCAUUAAAUAAGGGCAACACAUCCAUCUCGUUGAAGGAACAGCCGACUACUGAUGGCACGGUUGAUGACGAAGUUACUUCAUCGGAUUGCUUUUGCCGAAUAUGCUUGCUAAAGCACCCAAAUCUAGUCUCAUUAAUGGAACGAAUCGAUGGCGUGAUGAUACCAGAGAUGCUGUACAAACUUUGUGGUCGCCAGAUUGAGGUCCAAGAAGGCUAUCCCAAGAGCAUCUGCCAGCGCUGCCUGUGUCUGUUAGAUUGUGCUUUUAAAUUUCUCAACGAGUUUCACCAACAAGAUGAGCGGUUGCGAAGCUUCUAUUGGAGCGGCUCCGUACUGAAACGACUGCAGGAGUAUCGCGACGAAGGAAUACAAACUGUCGAAACCCGGAUGGAAAAUCUAAUGGCCCGCAAUCGUAACCUGUUUCUACCGACAAGCAAGGAGACUAGCAAUAAAACGACGAGUACCAACCUCGCACCGGAGUUGAUUGAUGCGAGUACCAGCACCGAGUUGCCGGUGGUGGAGGAAUUAGUUGUGGCCCAUGUCAAAACGGAAACUGCUCAGGAGAACGACCUGCUGAUAGACUACGUAAUUGAGGAAGAUGAAGAGGCAUCUUUCAGCGAUGCUAACCUUUCAUGCGCCGAUGCAAUUGAGUUACCGAUGAAAGAGGAACAUCUAUUGGCUAUGAAGAUAGACGUUCUGGAGCCACUAGAACUGGACGAAGAUGCACCAUUUAUAGUAGAAAAAAAGGAAAGAAGAAAAGUUCGUACGAGGGCGGGUCCUACCAGGACAUCCAGCCGUUGGAGAGCGGCCCGUGCCAAGGCAUCGAAAGUAGAGCCAGAGGACACCGCACCCACAGAAUCGGACGAACUGUCGCAAGGCCAGGACUUCAAAGAACGUUAUGAGAAUAGCGAGCACGAUCAGGAGGAGCUGGACGAAAGUCCGAACGCAAUCGACCAUCUGCGUUGUUACAUAUGUGACCACGUGGAGAAAACAGAAGACCUGCUGGAACAGCACCUCGACUUGCACAGUGUAAUGCUGCCGUUCGAUUGCACUACUUGCUUGCUUGAGGGUGCAGUACCCCGCACGAUUAAGACAAUAAAUUCUCUGCACAACCAUUUUCGUUCGCAUCAGUUCCCGUUCCGGUGCGCUCAGUGCGGUAAACGCUUUCUACGCAAGGUACAUUUGCAAGCCCACGAGGAGGGUCACAAAAACGAGCUAUUCGUGUGCGACGAGUGCGGUCGACAGUUUACCCACAGAAAAACUUGGCAAAAUCACGUCAAGCGCCAUUCGGCGGUCCGAACGGAGGAGUAUAAAUGCAAAUACUGCAACAAGGUCUUCGGUAACAACCCUCGACUAGAGCGGCACAUCCGUUUGCACACGGGUGAGCGGCCGUACGGUUGUAAAUACUGCGUAAAGCGUUUUUAUGAUCGUCACCAGUUGCAGUGUCACACUGAAAGGCAUUUCCGCGACUUGGAGUGCGCCUGCGACACGUGUGGGAAAUCUUUCUCGGGCGUUAAGAAGCUAGAAGAGCAUAAGGUGCAGGAACACCUACGCGGUGCAGAGCUGGAGGAGUUCUUGGCAAAGCAAACCAAAACUGCACGGCGUGUAAGCAAACUGAAGGACACACAUUGUCCAUUCCCAGAUUGCGACUACGUGGCGAACACAUACGGAGCGAUGUACGUGCACAAGCGCACCAAGCAUCAACCGGUACACCAAUGCGAUAUGUGCCACAAAUCGUUCGCUUUUUUGAAUCAGCUGAACGUGCACAUGAAGCUGCAUACGGGCGAGAAGCCGUUUUGCUGUGAAAUUUGUGGACGCAGCUUCCGGCGUGGAUUCAGUUAUCGGGAGCACAUGGAAAUGCACAACACGGACACGAACUUUAACUGUCCGACGUGCAACAAGAGCUUCAAGCGGCCUCGAUAUCUGCAGGCACAUAUCCUAACGCACACCUCUGUGCGGAAGUUUUCAUGCGAAAUAUGUAACAACUGUUACAAAACGAAUGGAGAAUUGAAGAAGCAUAACCGGAACAAACACGGUUUAGAGAUAACGGAGGAAAUGACGGAGACAACCGUAGAUGUCGAUGAUGUGUCUGUAGCUUAUGUGGUGGAAUACGUUUAG